GCUCACACCUGUUCCCUAUUAUUGUUUUGUUGGUCUCGUCCAGUUAUCUGUCAAUCUGUUGGUCUGUGUAUUUAUAACCUCUGCUCCUCUUCUGUGCUUAGUUGGUUUGUUGCACUUGUUGGAUAAGUUGAAAGUGAAGUCUGUGCAGAGUACAAGAUUUGGUCAAGAGAAAGGGAACCAACAAUGAUUUCAUUUCCACUGUGGCUCUUCAUGGUGGCACUGAGUGGGUGUUCCACUGCAGUACACACUGGCCUACUUGGAGGGCACCCCUGCUCUACAGUGCUCGCCUCUGCAGCCUCUACAGUGCCCACCUCUACAGCCUCUACAGUGCCCUCCUCUACAGCCUCUGCAGUGCCCUCCUCUACAGCCUCUGCAGUGCCCACCUCUACAGCCUCUAAAGUGCCCACCUCUACAGCCUCUAAAGUGCCCACCUCUACAGCCUCUAAAGUGCCCACCUCUACAGCCUCUGCAGUGUCCUCCUCUACAGCCUCUGCAGUGUCCUCCUCUACAGCCUCCAAAGUGCCCACCUCUACAGCCUCUGCAGUGUCCUCCUCUACAGUGCCCACCUCUACAGCCUCUAAAGUGCCCACCUCUACAGCCUCUAAAGUGCCCACCUCUACAGCCUCUGCAGUGUCCUCCUCUACAGUGCCCACCUCUACAGCCUCUACAGUGCCCACCUCUACAGCCUCUACAGUGCCCACCUCUACAGCCUCCAAAGUGCCCACCUCUACAGCCUCCAAAGUGCCCACCUCUACAGCCUCCAAAGUGCCCACCUCUACAGCCUCUGCAGUGUCCUCCUCUACAGUGCCCACCUCUACAGCUUCUAAAGUGCCCACCUCUACAGCCUCUAAAGUGCCCUCCUCUACAGUGCCCACCUCUACAGCCUCCAAAGUGCCCACCUCUACAGCCUCCAAAGUGCCCACCUCUACAGCCUCUGCAGUGUCCUCCUCUACAGUGCCCACCUCUACAGCCUCUAAAGUGCCCACCUCUACAACCUCUAAAGUGCCCUCUACAGUGCCUCGUAGACUCAGGCUUGCCCACCGUUAAUCGAGAUGCUGGAGGAGCAGCUUGUGUCUUCCCUUUUGUGUACUUGGGGACACUCCACUGGACAUGUACUACAAUCAACCAUAACAAGCCUUGGUGUUCAACCACAGGCAACUUUGACCAGGAUGGGCAAGGGGGAGAAUGCUGCGUUGAAGCUGGGUAACAGUAUAAUACUGUUUAAUAAAACAUUGAAAACAGAA